AUUAUCCUUCUGCAAGCCACACACCCUGGCCAUACCUGCAUUAGCCAAUCUCUCGCUUCUGACUUUCCGGGGACGAUCAGUGCCAGCUGAACGAGGCCACCCGUGACCAAGCACAAGGUAUGCCAGUAGCUGGACCGCAAUGAUGCUAACUCAUCAGACAUAUCUUCAAAUUUGCUAAGAUAUGCACCUACACUUGUCCAAAGCUACAUCGUGAGGACAGACCCCACCGCUCCAGCUAUGGAUUACUGGUCAGCAAUAUGGGAGUACCGCUUUCGAUACCCCCAAGUUCGAUAUCUCCACUCAAUAUGUAGAAAUCGCUGGAACAAAUCCAUCCCUCGUGUGGCUAUCCUAGAGUUCAGGCCUGAUAGGGUGGUCUCACCGCCUCUCUCUUCCGCUGAGGGUCUUCGUGAUUAUCUAAAAUCGGCCUCACAGGCCGGCUGUCAACACCGUGUCUUCCUGGUGGAAGAUCUGGACAGAGAAAUCGUCGAUGUUCUCGGAAGCCAUUUUUGGAUCGACCCCUAUCUGCUCGCCUGUCAGUGCUCAACUUCCUUCUGGGCAAACCAGAGCGCCUAUGGCCGUCCGGUCGAUGCGCUUUCGAGGCAGAGGGACCGGCUUCAGUCAUGGAAUUCCGGACCAUCUUCCCCAGAUACGACGCAUACUCCGCUGAGUUUCACACUUCGAUACCUGGAGACGUUGGAACUAAGAAGUGACCCUCUCGUAUGGUCGAUGAACAGCCACGACAAUUUCGGACGAGAAUUGCGAUGGGAUAAAUUGGACCGGAGAGAUCUAGUUUUCUACGUCCGUCGGAAUGCAAGUUUCUGGACGCGAAAGACACACCACGGCUGGGACACGAUCAUCUUCACCGAGCCCCCCGUGAAAGUGGGCGACCCGUCGGCCCCAUACCAACCGUACCAGCAUGGCUAUUACGACGUAGCGCCGUGGCCAGAAUCCCACCGGCAAGGCCAGACACAAAACCGCGCCCGAGGCCCCUUUAGAAAGUCAUUACUGGACGACCUCAAAUUCUACUGGACACAGCGGGCCACUCAGCGUGAGCGAGAAGCAGCAAUCAACGACCCCCGCAUGUGUGCGCACUACAUGGAGCGCAUCGCCAUCGCACAAUGGAACAUUGCCCUCGAGUAUCUGUGGAAGAAAGUCUGCUGGUGCUCGCGAGGCGUGUGGAAGUUCGAAGAAUCCUGGCCAGAGGGCCGACCUGUCAUGCUCGACGGCAAAACGAUGCGUCUCGAAGGCAAAGAGCUGUACGAGUUUCUGCGAACCCAGACGGCGCGCAGCAGCGAGUGGCGACGAAAAGUCGGCUUUCUGAUCGACUGGCUCCAAAUCAGCCUGGAAAGCCUGGGCAUCGGCCGCGUCGCCAGCACCGAGCAGAUGGAGUCCCUCAACAACGACGACAACCCGCUCUCCGACUACAACACCGACUUCCUGCUGGUUCUGCAGAAGCUCAAGGACUACCGGGCCGAGCUCGAAUCGACCCUGGCAGCCAUCACAGGGGUAUCGCAGAUGAUCCAAGGCGGCGUGUCACUCGACGAGACUUCCAGAGCCACAAAACUGUCCGUGGUCGGACUCAUCUUUAUCCCUUUGGCCUACGUAUCCAGCCUGCUCAGCAUGGCCGGGGAUUUCCAGCCGGGGAAGAGUCAAUUUUGGAUCUACUUCGCAGUGGCGAUUCCACUGUGUGUUCUCAUGGUCCUUGGUUGGCGACUCAUCGACGGCUCCAUGUCCAUAAGCCAUUGGGGUCCUCGCUGGUUUUCACCAAGGUACUGCAAAGAUCGCCUACGAGUCAUGUCCAAGAGCAAAAGCACGGCGUAAUGGAUUAUGUACUAUUUC